CCAUUUAGAAUGUCACUGUUGACUCAUUACCAAUGAGUCAUUGAUUUCUGGCAUUAUAUAUUACUACACAGACUGACCCAGACUGUCACAGUUAGUGCACAAACUCUGGUCACUGGCAGACAUUGUCACAGGGCCUCAGCUGUUGGCUACCAAAGAUAAAAUGGACUGCCCUUAUCAUUCUCAGAGGUGGAGGUCUGUCUUUCAGUGCAUUAUCAAUAAACUGAGGCUUGAAGGAAUGACCUAUUUCAAAAGCAAACAUGUUAGGAAUAUUCCACAGGUCAUUUGCACCUGCCCAGGUAAAAAUACGUCAAGUCAUGAUUGCACAAUGCCAGCAAUUCCUAGUGACGAAUUAGCAAGUUGGUGCAAAGGACUGAAGAGCAACAGGGAACUAAGUAAUAAGUCUUUGAUUGAUGCUUUGUCACGAAUGCACAUGGCAUCUACUGACAAUUCUCAUUUAAUGAAUGCUAUAGCUUUAGCAUAUCACAUACGUAAAGGUAAUGUCAGUUUCCUUGAACCUAAAGUAAAGCCCCAAGACUCAGUUGCUAAGCCUGAGCCACUUACAAUUGAAAAAGAAUUUUUUAUUGACAUUCCAGUGGCUCCUACUCAAUACAUUGGCACACUAAUAGGAACAAAUGGUACUCAUUUGAAAAAACUCUGUGAGACUCACGGGAUUAGUAGCAUUCACUUGGGAGAGCAUACUAAAAGUAGGAAACGUAUACAGAACAGUUUCCUAUACAAUACUCCCGUCAGAGUGACAUAUACUGUCCCCUUAACUCAUGGGAAGCAUGGUGUUUUUGAAAGAGCAUUGCAUGAAAGGGUCAGCAUCAUCAAGAAGAAGAGAGAGAAUCAUUUUGAAGCAACUCAGAAAUUCAUGAAACAUUUGGCUGACAAGAGAGAGGAAAGAAAGAGGCGAUUUCAAGCUAAAGAGGAUGAAACAUAUGAGUAUACAGAUGUAAAGGUAUUUUCAGCUGGAAAUUAUUAUCAAGGCAAAGGGAAAAGGAAUCGCACAAAAUCUGAUCAGCAAAAGAAGGGAAAAUUUCGUAAUUUACAAGGUGGUCAUUGCCUUCAUUGCCUGACGUCAUUUAAACCUGAUGAUACACAAUGCCAAUAUCAUCCAGGAUACAUAGUUAAUGAUGACCUAGCAAUGAAAGUAUGGAGUUGCUGUAAAAAGGAUCAUGAGGAUGGCUUGACUCCACAAGAGGAGCAUGUCUCAACUGGGUGUACUUUUGGUAGACAUCUUUGGAGACCUCCUAAGUCAAAGAAAACAUCUAAACAAGGCAGUGGCAAUAGCAUUAGUGAAGAUUUAGUUGUGAAGAAAUUAUUUUAACAUAAUAGUCUAUAAAUACAAUACAAUACAUUAUAAUACAAUGCUACCAAUAUAAAGUGUAACAUAACAGUCAAGUAGAAGUAUUUUAAGCAGCUAUUAUUUUUAUUGUUGCCUGACAAUGAAUAACAUUUCUUUAUAAUAUUAUUCAUUAGUGUGUCAUGCCAAUACUCCAUA